CUCCGAUGCAGCACAUUUCGGCGUCAUGGUAAUAACAAAGGUAUAUAAAAGAAGACGCCCGAUGUUGAUGACGAGAGGCGGAUUGCAACACCUCUGCACAAUGUUUCGAGCAGUAGGUCUGUGUGUGCUGCUGCUUGCUUGGGCCGGAGCCCAAGAGAUUGUCCGCAGUGCCUCUCUGGCAGGGGCGCCCGUAGGCCUCUUCAGCAGAAUCGGGCCAGGAGGAAAUGCAGAGAGCGCAGCUUCCUUAGGCGGAGCUCCGAUCGGCGUAUACCAGAGGCGACAGUAUCCCUUCCAAGUGUUUUCUCUUCCACUGAGAAGUGGGCCCUUCUUCCCUUUCUUCCCGAAUCCCUUGCAGCCCUUUCCUUUUGGACAAGCUGCCCCUCGACCGCCACCCAUUCGCCCCCGGCCGCCCGUGAGACCGCCACCUAGACCUCGUCCACCCCUCUUUCCACCACUGAGACCGACUGUCAGGCCACAACCAAGGCCACGCCCACCAGGCAGACCCCGCCCCUUUCCGGGCUGAAAGGACUUCUUGAUCAAAAAACCCCUAACAUGCGACGAUGGG